AUGUUGAGGCAACACUUCUCGUACGAGCUGGUUCGCUACACGCAGGCCCCUCCCGCCUUGCUUCCCAAACAAGCGGAGGAGAGCAGGCCGGACUUCGCGUCGGAGCAGCUCCAGACGCGAUCCGGGACCGGGACCAGCCGGGCGGGCGGUGGCAAGAGCGAGCAGCAGCAGCUGCGGAGAAAGAUCAACAGCCGCGAGCGGAAGCGGAUGCAGGACCUCAACUUGGCCAUGGACGCGCUGCGAGAGGUGAUCCUGCCUUACUCGACGGCUCAUUGCCAGAGCUCGCCGGGGAGGAAGCUUUCCAAAAUCGCCACGCUGCUCUUGGCUCGGAAUUACAUUCUUUUAUUGGGUAGCUCCUUGCAAGAGCUCCGGAGAAUCAUUGGGGAGAUUAGCGGCUCCUCGGGUCCCAGGCUGCUGCUGGCUGGACUGCCUCUCUUCGCCGCCGCCGCCGCAGUGACCCCGGGCCCGGUGCUGCUAACGCCGGGCCCGGUGAGCCACCACCACCUGCACCACCACCACCACCACCCGGACAGGCUGCGACCGGCCAACAAAUACCUCUCGGCUGCAUUGGAGGAGCAGCAGUGCGGCCAAGUGCACGUAGCCGAUGGGGCGACCCUUUGCUCCUGCGCCGCUUGCAAAUUCCCUCACUUGUUUCCUUCCGCCUUCGGGGUGGCCGCUGUGCAGACGCAGUUUCCCAAAUGAGCCUGGCCCUUCCUGAGCUGAGGAGGGAUGGAGAUGGAGGGGGCCCAGCAGGCUACAACCCAAACGGCUGGGAGGACGGGGCCCGGAGGACUCGCGGAUCCUCGCGGCUUCUCCUAUUUUUAUUAUUCGGUCUGGAUGGAGCGACAGCUGGGGGCAGAGAGACCAGAAUGUUUAAGAUCCCGAAAAGGACGGAGUUUUUUGCACGUUUUCCUCUCAAAUCGGGUGUGCGAUCACUGGGAUGAAAGUCUGGUUUUGGCCCUCAGGUACAGAUUUGAAAGAGAGGGUGAGGAUGGGGCAAUUGUAUUAAAUAGAUCCAAAUAAAUAGUCCAACUCUAACCCAAGGUGGCCAUGUGAUGAAUGCAGCUUUGCGCAGGACAUGAAAUCAGUACGAAGCCUGUUAAAAUCUAUAAAAGAUUUCUUGGAAGACCAGGAGGGAAGAAGCUUUCCAUUGCUUGGUGCAGAUUGAAAGCAUUUCAGACAAAUGGCCGUCCAGCCUCUGACUGAGCACAUCCAGCAAAGGAGAGUCACAGCCCAUGGCAUUGGGUUCCGUUGUCAGACUGCUUUGUCAAUUGGAAUAACUUCCUGUAAUUGGACAUCUUAAUCUAUGUCCCACAUUCUGGUAUGCAGAGAACAAAUCAUUCUUCUAUGAGAGCCAUUUUCAGGCACUUGAAAAGUAUGAUUCUAACCAUCCUCUGUUAUUUCUGGUCUUAAAGGUGCCCAACUCUUUCAGGCUCUUCUUGUAAAGCAAGCAGGAUUCAUACUAGAGUAGUGACUUUUGGCAUCUAAUACAGCAAAGAGAGAAGUUUUCGAACACUUCAGCCAUGGCUUAGUGACAUUCAGAAAUGCCAUAAGAUUUUAGUUGAGAUCCUGGCUAAAUAUUCAGUGUUUGGAUAAUCUUGGUAAGAUUAUAAUAAUCUUGGUAAUACUGGGCACCUGUUCCAAUUUUUCAGAUUCUCUCUUAAAUGGCAGUGCCCAGAAACUGAUGAUACUAAGAAUGUAAUAUAACACUCUACUUCUGGGAUUUGAAAAACAAUUGCCUUUUCAGCAGCUAUGCCAACUGAUUGAUAUUUAGCAACUGAUUCCCCCAUUCGAUAUCUUGUAUUU